AUGGCGAAGCACGAGGAAGUAAUAAUCGAUGGCGAUUCAACCGAUGAAGAGGAGGAGGUGUGCAUCAUCACUCCAGAGUCACGUAAGCGUCGCCGUCGCUCCAACAUAAUGACGGACCACGACAAAGAAGAAGAAGAAGAAGAAGAAGAAGAGAAGGAACAGACCAAAGACCAAGAGAGGAAGAAGAUGAAGACGAAAGAGACGAAGACAUUAGCACGUUCGUCUUCUAUCCCGCGGCGUCAGCAAUUGCUUCAUAUAGGUAAAGACGGCAUCUCCUCGCAGUAUAUGACGCUACGUACGCCGACGCCUGUGCGUCGCUCGCGUCGAAACCUGCAGCAGCUUUCGAUCUCAGCUGCUAUAGCUCAUGAAGAUCGUGGACGGCACUAUAAUCAUGAUGAAGACAAGGGAAAGGACGAUGAUGAUGACGUUUACAUCGUCCAUCCACCGUCUGCCAGAUUCAAGACGAGCAACGGACGCAAAAGCCGACGUGUCGCGAUCCAGGACAGUGACGAGGUACUCGUACCUACUGCGAAAGAGCAGGACGAGGAGAAAAACUUUGAGAAGGAGAACAGAAACGAUGAUGCGAUGUCGUCAGCAUCUAGACGCAGCUCAAGAAUUCAACACAAUCGCCAGGAGAAGAAAGCACAGCACGAGGACUCGGAGCAAGAAGAGGCUGUAGCACCGCCAUCCGAGAAGAGAAGACGGCCGCUCCCACGAGAGGGAGAGCGAGAUGAUCGUGAAAGAGUUUACGCGGAUGGUGGAGAGGAUGUGGACGAUUUUAUUUGUGACGAUGAUGAGAUUGAGUACAUGGACGACGAUGAGGAAGGUGUGAUCAGUAUUGGGAUGCCAGAUGACGAGAUGGAAGACGACACCGAAGAACUGACAGCAGCACUGGCAGCAGGACGCUCGCGCGAGAUUAACGAAUGGUUUAGUAUCUACCUGGCAUAUCUAGAGGAGUGCAUCAUUGAUCCAGACUUUGAGAACAAAAUGCGUCGUAAACGAUCGAAGGCAAAGCAUCAGCUCUAUGACCAGGCUGUCAAUCGCAUUGAGCGAAAACUUUGUUCCUGCCGGGAUAGCGUGCGAUCAGGUGUUGCAUGGCCUGAACGAAUGGUGGAUGCGCUAAAGUGUGCUUCGCUUUUUCGCUCAAGCCAUGUCUCUACGGAACAAGAUUGCGAGGCCUGCAACCGUCGCCAGCAUGUUGCUACCUGCCACGUAGAACUUGCCGGCGUGGCCUGUGAUGCUACAAAGCUUUACGGUCAUAACUGGAUGCGCCACCUCAAGAAAACUACCAAGGAGGCAGCCUCCGUCCAAAUUGCGUUUGAAAUGGGCAGCGUAUGCCAUGCACGAACAUUAGCAUAUUGGCAAUUGUUGCAUGCGAAACAAUUCUGGUGCAUAUUGGUUGACGCGAAGAUUAAGAAGUGUGCAGAUAGCACGGGGCGAAUCGCUGAGCAAUACCGCAAUGAAUUCUUUACACAAGAAUUCGGUCGGUACAAAAGGUUAGUGGGCCUAGUGGAAAAGUUCGCUGAGGACUCGAAGCGAGUAUUUGUGUAUAUGCCAAACGUUUGGAAACGAAUUACACGGCACAACAUGACAAGUGAUUUUCUUCCGCUACCAUCACGUGCGUCAAUAUAUACAAGCGCAGAGUCUCGUCGAGGCACACUAGAUGCGUUUGUCGCUGAAAGUGAAGAGGAGGACCCUGAGGAUGAAGAAGCAGUAAUGGAGAAGAGGGAAGAGAAACAGCGAGUGGAUACAUGUGAAAGUAAUGGUGACAAUCAAGCCACUGAUGAAGAACAAAAAGUAAAGAGGAGCUCAUCACUUGGUACACCUCACUCGAAAAGAAAGCAAGAACAGAGUCUCGAGCUAGCCGCGAUCGGAGAUGACGAGAAGGGCGAUAACCUUGUCAAGCACGAAAAAGACAUCGACGACCUCAUGUGCUUGGCAUGUGACGCAAGCCAACGCGAUGCAGGCGUUGUGCACGGUCUCUAUCUUCACGUGUAUUGCUGCUACGCGUGUGCAAAACGCCAGUACCGAAUGAAAGUCGGUUGUUUGGUGUGCAACCGACCCAUAGACCGUGUACUACGGUUGCUUCCGCUCACGUUAAACGCUCGAAACGCUAUUCGAAACCAGAAGUCGCAGAAUUGA